AAAUGAUAAAAAUAUAAAACGAAAACAAAUAAAGGCGGACCUGCGAACACAUAAUUUAGGUCCCAAGAAGAGGAAGAGGAAGAAAGGAGGACAGCAUCAUCCCCCCAGCAUCCCUGAAGACAGACAGACGCAGCCUGCCCUUCAUCUCCACGCCCAGGUGGCGGCAGAAUAGAUGUCUUUAAGUAGGGAGGAUCAGGAGCUGCGGUGUGUGUUGAGUUGGUUUGCAAACUGGGAGGAUCAGCAGAGAGAACAGUUCCUAAAUGCCUUGGUAGAGAAAGCCGUGCCUCCCGACAUUGACCAGCUGUUCCAAGGCCUCAACCAGCUCAGCCUUGACAGCAGCUGCCACUCCGUCCUGCAGUGCCAGCUCCACCUGUUCUCGCAGUGGUUUGACUCCUGGACGUGCCACCUCCGCAACACCCUGCUCUACAACCUUCACUGCUACGACCCGCGGUUUGUCGAGAAGUUCCACGCCAUCGUCAACCAGAAGUGCUCGUCGGAGGAGAGUCCCGCGGCGUCGACGGAGGGGAAGUCAUGAUGCAUUGUUAAGCUAAGAAAGGGAAAAAAAGUGUCUGAUAUUGGCUACUGGUCUUUUGUUUCCAAGCAUCCCCUUUCGGUAUUUUCUGGGUGCCCUGUCUGGCUGUUUACAAGUCUUUCUGUCUAGCUAAAUAGUGUUCUUGCUCUCUCUCUCUCUCUCUCUAAACUGUGUGAUAUUGGUUACUUGUCUUUUAUUUCCAAGCGUCCCCUUUUUUGUGUUUUCUGGGUGUCCUGUUUGGCUGUUUACAAGUCUGUCUGUCUAACUCUCUCUCCCUUGCUAUAUAGUGUUCUCUCUCUCCUUCUAUCUAUCUAUCUAUCUGCCCAUAAUUUCACUGCCAACUUUCCUUCACCCUCUCACUCCUAUCUAGUUUUCCCUCCCUCCUCACUCAUUCCCAUUGAUUUGCCCCUCCCUCUCUCUCUCUUUCCCUCUCAUUCCUCCCAUCUCUCCCCUCGCAUUCCACACAAACACACACACGCGCACACAUACACGCCGCCAUGCCUCAACAGCACACCCCAAGCGACCAGGUCAAGUUUCUCAGCCAGUGGUUCCUCUCAUGGUCGGAAAUGCAGCGCGAGGACUUCCUGCCCGUCCUCCUGCAAGCCUACCAACCCUGUGACAACCUCAAUGGCCUGGUGGGCAGCUACGAAGCCCUGGCGACACGGGGGAGGCGCCCGUCGCUCUUUGAUUGCCAGAUGAAACUCUUCCAUGACUGGUUCGGGUCAUGGGCCGAGGCGGACCGUCACACGCUCCUGGAAGACCUCCGAGAACUUGACCCUGAAUUCAUGCGCCAGUACGAGAAGCGAAUGGCUGGCGAGGAGGCACCCCCAGAGGACACCAGUGCUGUCACUGGUGCUGGGGACGAGAGCCAGGAGUCACAGAACCCCCCAAGCUCCGUCAGUUCCCCCCCCAGCACCCUCCCUCGGUCCCAUAGCCCCCAUGACUCCGGUCUCGACGAACCGACAACCGACUCCGAAAACAUCGAUUCCGAGAGUCAGAAACGGGGCGUGACAGAACCAGGCGGUGAUGAUGCCAAAGCCAACACCACCACCAUCACCAUCAACGCCGGGGCCUCCGUCAACACCACUACGAUCAACACCACCGCCUCAACACCACCCGUACCACCUGUGAAGCCCUCCAAUAAUGUGACGGUGGUGGAGGUGGGUGGCGGUGAUGCUGGUGGUGGUGGUGGUGAUGGUGAGGGUGUGUUCAGCAUGCAGGAUUUGGCGAAUGGGCUGAACGCGGAUGGCCAGGGCAAGGUUAGUGAAGCUGAGGGUGGCCCGCUUACCCCUGCUAACGCACCUCAGCAGGAGUGUGAGUCUGUAUCUGCUGAGCACUGAGGAGGAGAAACUGCUGAUUGACUGACUAACGGACAUACUAACUGGCUAUUUGGAAUUUGGCUAUUAACUGAAAACAUAUAAUUUUUUCCUACUUGUCAAUCUAUUUCUGUAAGCUUAUGAUUUAUGCUAUUACUAUUAUUAUUGUUUAUUAUUUUUAUUAACUGAUUGACUGACUAACUGACGUAUUAACUGGCUAUUUGGAUUUGGCUAUUAACUGAAAACAUGCAAUUCUUUUCUACUUGUCAAUCUAUUUCUUUAAGCUUAUGAUGUAUGCUAUUAUUAUUAUUAUUAUUUAUUAUUUUUAUUAAUUGAUUGACUAACUAUUUGGCUAUUUACUAAAAACUCACAAUUCUCUCCUUUUAUCAAGCUGUUUCUCAUAUCCCAAGAUGUACGUAGCCUUUUAUUAUCAUUAUUAUUUAUUAUUUUUACUAACUCAUUAUUUGGGAAUUUACUGAAGCUGAGUUUAUGGCGAUACAAGACUGCACUAUAUAUCACAGGCAACUUUCAACUAUUGCUAAGAGGAAAAUGCUUAUAUAUCGACAAUUCUUGCACAAACUUUAAGCUCAAAUGCACUUUAUAUCAUUCUUUUUCUAACUCUCCAGGCUUAGUAUCACAGGUCAUUCUUGUAUGCUCCUCGUAACUCAUAUGCUAUUUUAAUUAUUGCCCUUAAACUUAUCACAGGCAGCCUCUUAGAAGUAUUUUAAAGGGGAAGUCACAUGUAUUUUCACUGUUCAUUCUUGUAUGCUCCUAGUAACUCAUAUGCUAUUGUGAUCAUUGCCCUUAAACUUAACAUCACAGGCAGCCUCUAAGAAGUAUUUUAAAGGGGAAGUCACAUGUAUUUUCACAGGUCAUUCUUGCACAAACUCAAGCUCAACCAUAUCUGCUCACAUGCAUUUUUGUCGUUAUUUUCUACGUAAUAUUUGACUUAUUGUUUUAGGUUUUGUGUAUAAGUCAGCUGUCCGAUGGGGAUUUUUAAGUGUGAGAGAUGCGUUCCAGAAGAGCAUUCCAUGAGGUCUAAGUGAGAUUCCAGUUUUUGUAUGUUUUAUUUCUACUUAAACUUACAUACAAACAUCUGACUAUAUUUUUUAGGUUUUAUGUAUAAGUAAGCUGACAGAUGAGGAUUUUUAAGUACGAGGGAUGCAUUCCAGAAGAGCUUUCCAUGAGGUACAAGUGAGAUUAUGAUUAUUCUUCUAACUCUUAUUAAUAUUUGUAGCUUUCAUGCAGCUGUUUUGAUAUCACCAUAGAGUGUUGGGCUUGCUCCGUGGUGCAGUGGAUAGCGUACUUGGUUCUUAGCUGAGAGGUCCAGUUACAGUGACCAUCUAACUUUUCCAUAGCAUUAUUCUGUCCCUGCACACUCCAGUCUUCCAGUUAGUCCAGUUACAAUGCCUAUGUUUGAACACCCUAACUCUAUAUUAUCCUCGCUUACUAAAGUCUUCCAGUUAGCUCAGUUACAAUGCCUCUAUAACCCUUUCAUAGCAUAUAUAUACAACCCUUCAUACUAAGGUACAUUGCCUAUUAUAACCCUGCCAUAGCAUUAUCCUGGGACCAUGUUAUACCCUAUAGUACUGCACAGAGCUAUAUAUAUAAUCCCAUAUCUUUAAACAUAUCGGCGUCUCUCGUGGAAGUCGUUGCCGGGGUUUUCAUGGACUGUUUUGUGACGCUGGUGAUAGUUUGACACGGCCUCUGCAUCUUGAAUGGGAAAAACACCCAUGAAAACCUGGUUAAUCUUCCCCGUGUCCUUGGAAAAUAGUCAAAAUGGGAGUUCUUUGGAUUUUUGGAUUCGAGAUACAGAAAGGAAGGAAAAAAGAAAGGAAACUGAGACAUAGAACUGAAUGAUAGAGUUGAGAUGCCCCUCCGUAGGCUUCAAGUGGCCAGGGUGUUGGAGAGGAAUCAAAAUGUAAAGCAAGUGUUCAUGGGAAGGUUAGCGGAUCCAGAGAUCAAAAUAUUCAUAAAUCAUCGCUGGCAUCAAACUGUUAGUGAGUAGAGGCGGCUGUUGCGUGUGUGUGUGUGUGUGUGUGUGUGUGUGUGUGAGGCCUUGAAUACUGCGUUGGUGUGUUCUUGGUCCUCAUGUGAAGGUUAGACAAUACUUAUAUUCACAUUGGUUGUAUAUUUACUGUUGCAUAUAGUUAAGUGACCCCUCCGUCGUGUUGAGGUGAGGGCCUGCACAUGACUAAGACCUUGCUGUGUUUGCUGGAGGUUGCCGAUACAGGUUUAGACGAGGCUUCACAAAACCUGCAUUCUGUGAUUCAUAGCAAAGACUGAAGUGUACGUUAUGUCAGUAUUACUAAGGUGACACACUCCUUUUUCAUUCCCCAACCAAGGAUAGAUAAGUUGUACCAUAAUUCCACAACUGUCUCUUCAAAUUUAGGUCUGAAAGAAAACAUGCAUUCCGUGAUUCGUAGCAAAGACUGAAGUGUACGUUAUGUCAGUAUUACUAACGUGGCACACUCCACUUUCAUUCCCCAACCAAGGAGAGAUAAGUUACAUAAUUCCACAACUUUCUCUUCAAAUUUAGGUCUGAAAAAAAAUUAACUAGUGUGUGUGAGUACCUUGGUUAUAAGUGCCUGUGUUUCAUUCUGAGCCUCACAAUACCACAGCAACAGGCAGCACAUACUUGGCCAUGUGUAGAGUCCUAGUUGGGUAUAAGUUUUGGCAUCUGAGGGAGUGUUGUUGUACCAUAUAUCUAGCCCUCAGUCUGCUGCCUCAAACCAUAACAAAAACAACACUAGACGAAGGGAGAUGAAUCACUCUAAUAAAGGGUUUAAAGCAGGCAUAUCCCGACCCUUUCUGUCAAUAUUCUGCGGUUUGGUCGUAAGUUUUAUAUGAAGUGUUUUGCCCCGAGCCUCCGCCUGUGUGCUCAGAUGAGGCAGCUCCAUAUAUUAACACUAAGAGCCUGGAUGCACAUAUCACUGUGGAAUUAUUUAGACCUUGUAUUAGUCCUGUUUUUAACCCGUCCACUGCGAUUGGCACGGAUUUGGCCUUCACUGGUAGUGGUAGCCUGGUAACAUACACUCCCAGGUCUUUUUCUGCCUCUGUGGUGGAUAGUGGAGUGUUUCCCAUGUGGUAUUGGUGUGCUGGAUAUCCCUUCACUGGUAGCCUGGCAACACACACUCCCAGGUCUUUCUCUGCCUCUGUGGUGAAGAGUGGAGUGUUUCCCAUGUGGUAUUGGUGUGCUGGAUAUCCCUUCACUGGUAGCCUGGUAACAUACACUCCCAUGUCUUUCUCUGCCUCUGUGGUGGAUAGUGGAGUGUUUCCCGUGUGGUAUUGGUAUGAUGGAUAUCCCUUCACUGGUAACAUACACUCCCAUGUCUUUCCCUGCCUCUGUGGUGGAUAGUGGAGUGUUUCCCAUGUGGUAAUGGUGUGCUGGAUUUCCCCUCCCAAGGUGCAGGACUUUACAUUGUGCUUCACUGAAUUGUAGCAGCCACUUUUUGUUCCAUUCCUGUAGCUUGGUGAGGUCUUCUUGUAGGAAAUCCGCAGUCAAGGGGUUAAAUACAAAUACUGAUACAAGGUUUAAGAAAUCUUGACGUGUGUUUUGACGCCUCCGAGCUGUUCAGCGAGACAGUGGGAAGCGAUGAAGAAUGACAAUAUAGAGAAUAGUAUUGAUUUGAUAAGUUUGAAUUUGGUAGCCAUCGGUUGUCAUAGGUAUAUUUUUCUAGCUGGCGAAUCAAAACAUUACUAACUUGGUUUUAGGUUUAUGAACGGAAGACAAUCAUAGGUUUUAAGCGUUUCUAUAUAUGUCUCUCUCUCUCUCUCUCUCUCCACAUCUAUCUAUCUAUCUAUAAUCUCUAAGGUAAGAUACAUUUAUAAGGUCACACUAGAAUAUUAUAAUCCACUAGUUAAUUUAGUAUUACAAGAGUUAAGGAAUUAGGUCAUUUUUUGGGUUAGCAUUUUGGGCAAGCUAUAUAACCAUUCUUUGCAUAAGCCUUUACAUAGAGAAUCAUUAGCUUUAUUUUCUAUGAUUUCUGAGGUAGUGGAGGUAAGAAUCAGUGUAAAAUAAUCACUCCGUAAGAAUCACUGUUUUUUCAUGUUUUCUGAGGUACUGAAGUUAAGAAUCAGUGUUAAAUAAUCAAGUCUGUCCAUAAGAAUCACUGGUUUUUAAUGUUUUCUGAGGUAUUGAAGUUUAGAAUCAGUGUAAAAUAAUCCAGUCUGUCCAUAAGAAUCACUUUUUUUAAUGUUUUCUGAGGUAUUGAAUUUAAGAAUCAGUGUAAUGUAAUCAAGUCUGUCCAUAAGAAUCACUGGUUUUUAAUGUUUUCUGAGGUAUUGAAGUUAAGAAUCAGUUUUAAAUAAUUGAGUCUGUCCAUAAGAAUCACUGUUUUUUAAUGUUUUUUGAGCUAUUGAAGUUAAGAAUCAGUGUAAUCAAAUCUCCACAAGAAUCACUGGUUUUUCAUGUUUUCUUAGGUAGUGAAGUUUAGAAUCAGUGUUAAAUAAUCAAACCUGUCCAUAAGAAUCAUUGGUUUUUAAUGUUUUCUGAGGUAUUGAAAUUAAGAAUCAGUGUAAUCAAAUCUAUCCACAAGAAUCACUGGUAUUUAAUGUUUUCUGAGGUAUUGAAGUUUAGAAUUAGUGUAAAAUAAUCCAGUCUGUCCAUAAGAAUCACUGGUUUUUAAUGUUUUCUGAGGUAUUGAAGUUAAGAAUCAGUGUAAUGAAAUCUUUCCACAAGAAUCACUGGUUUUUAAUGUUUUCUGAGGUAUUGAAGUUUAGAAUCAGUGUUAAAUAAUCCAGUCUGUCCAUAAGAAUCACUGUUUUUUAACGUUUUCUGAGGUAUUGAAGUUAAGAAUCAGUGUAAUCAAAUCUAUCCACAAGAUUCACUGGUUUUUAAUGUUUUCUGAGGUAUUGAAGUUUAGAAUCAGUGUUAAAUAAUCCAGUCUGUCCAUAAGAAUCACUGGAUUAAUGUUUUCUGAGGUAUUGAAAUUAAGAAUCAGUGUAAUGAAAUCUUUCCACAAGAAUCACUGGUUUUUAAUGUUUUCUGAGGUAUUGAAGUUUAGAAUCAGUGUAAAAUAAUCCAGUCUGUCCAUAAGAAUCACUGGAUUAAUGUUUUCUGAGGUAUAGAAGUUAAGAAUCAGUGUAAUCAAAUCUAUCCACAAAAAUCCUUGGUUUUUCAUGUUUUCUAAGGUAGUGAAGUUUAGAAUCAGUGUUAAAUAAUCAAGUCUGUCCAUAAGAAUCACUUUUUCUAUGUAUUCUGAGGUAUUGAAGUUAAGAAUCAGUGUAAGGUAAUCAAAUCUACCCUUAAGAAUCACUGGUUUUCAUUUUUUCAUUUUAAGAAUCCGUGAAAAGUAGUCAAAUCUUUCCACAAGAAUCACUGUUUUUUAACGUUUUCUGAGGUAGUGCAGUUUAGAAUCAGUGUAAAAUAAUCAAGUCUGUUCAUAAGAAUCACUGUUUAUUAUUACUACUACUACUUAUACUACUACUACUACUACUACUACUACUACUACUACUACUUAUACUACUACUACUACUACUACUACUACUACUACUACUACUUAUACUACUAAUGUGGCUCAGAAGAUUAUUAUAGCCAAUCAUUGUUAUGGUGUAUAAACUAUUUUUCUAUUACCAUUAAAUUGUUCUUGCAGA